AUGGGAUCUCCCGCCGAAGACGAAUCGUGGCGCACCCACUGGAAGUGCUUCGUUGCCUGCGGAAUCAUCGUGCUUUCGCCGUUUCAGUAUGGCGUCGACUUUGGCCUCAUCGGCGGCCUGCAGGCCAUGCGCGGCUUCCUCCAGAUCUUCGGCCACGAAGCCCCCAACACCCCCCUCGGUUGGAACCUCGACACAACACGCCAACAGCUGAUUUCCUCCCUCAUGACUCUUGGCGCCUUCAUCAGUUCCGGGACGGCUGGUCUCACAGCCACCUAUGUGAGCCGCAAGCAGUGUCUGUGGAUAGCCUGCCUGGGCUGUUGCGUCGCAAACAUUAUGAUGAUGGCCACUGAGAAUAUUGGCGCACUAUAUGCCGGGCGGUUCAUCAUCGGGCUGGCGAACGGGUAUUUUAUGACCUUUUCGCAGCUGUACAUCCAGGAGAGCAGCCCGGCAAGGUAUCGCGGGUGGUUUAUUACCGCGUUUCAGUUUUUUACGUCGUUUGGCACCCUCAUCGGCACUAUCAUCGACUGGGCAACCGCGAGCCGCCCCGACAAAUCGGCCUACCUCAUCCCGCUCGGAAUGAUCUACAUCGUGCCCGCCAUCAUGACGGUAGCCCUCUUCUUUAUCCCCGAAUCACCUCGCUGGUUUAUCCUUACCGGCCGCUACGAAGAAGGCGUCAAGUCCCUCCGGUGGCUGCGGCCCGCCGGUGCUGAUGUCGACAGCGAGGCGGCCGAGAUCAAGGCUGCGAUUGAUCGGGAAACCGAGAUGGGCAGCGGGGCGUCGGUGUUGGAUAUGUUUGUGAAUCCCAUUGACCGGCGGCGGACCUUGUUGGCUGUGUGUGCUGUCACGUUACAGGCCGCGUCAGGGUCGAUGUUUAUUAUCGCAUACAAAGCUUACUUCCUCGGCAUGUCGAAGGUCGCCAACCCCUUCGGCAUGAGCAACAUCCUCUCAGCCAUGGGCAUCCUCGCCAUCAUCUUCAAUUCCCUCAUCGUCGUCCGCUACGGCCGCCGCCGCGUCAUCCUAAUGACCGGGCUCGUCCUCUGCGGCGUGUUCCAACUCAUCAUGGCCGUCGUGUACGACAAACAGCCCGGCACGACCUCCACGGGCCAGGUCCUCGUCGCGUUUACCUGUGUGUACAUGAUGAGCUACAAUGGCAUGAUCGCGACGUAUGCUUGGUUGGCUGGCGGCGAACUGCCGUCGCAGCGGCUGAGGAGUUAUACAUUUGGUCUGGCGGCGGCGGUCGGGUUCUUGUUUGCGUGGUUGACGACGUUUACGGCGCCGUAUUUUAUUAAUCCGGAGUCGUUGAACUGGGGCCCGCGGUAUGGGUAUAUCUGGUUCCCGUCGUGUGUGGUGGCCACGUUGUGGGUGUAUUUCUUCUUGCCGGAGACGAAGGGGCGCACGCUUGAGGAGAUUGAUGAGAUGUUUGAGAAGCGGUUGCCGGCGAGGCGGUUCAGGAAGCAUGUCUGCGUAGGACAUGUAGUGGGGGUCAAAGUGGAGGACAAGGAGAAGGAGAAGGAUGGGAGUGUGAGAGAGGUGGAAAAGGUUAGCGUUGAUGGAGAGAAGGAUGUGUGA